CAAAGACGUUUCCCCGUCCCUGCGACCGUCUCCACGAUCUGUUUGGCUCCCUCCCCUACUGCCUCCGCGGGGGUCUUGGCCCUUUCUCUUUUCCCUCCGGGUGGGUUGACACAAAUAUGUCGCCUAUCUCAUUUGACGUCUUUCAUCGAUGAGAUUUGUGUUUGUGCAUGUGGGUGGAUUCCAAUGGUUGACACGGUUGACACAAAUGUGUCACUGUGUCUGUUUGACAUCCUUCGUUGGCGGAUUGGUGAGAGUUCGUGACUGUGGCGUGAUGUCUUUUGUCGGGGAGCACUGCUUUUGUUCGCUCGCUCGAUGCUUGCUUGAUUUUUGCUCGCUUGUUCGUUUUUGGGUUUGGGUUUGGAGACAUUGUACUCCUCCCAUUUUCCCUUUCUCUCUCCAGAUCGUGUCUCUCUCUCUCCACACCACCCCCCUGACUAAACCCAGACAUUUUGCCGCCAGGGUUAACGACGAUGCCACUGAUCAUGGCCUUUGUCUUGCUGCUUGUCUCACAGGGUCCUUUGUCGGCAUCCUCAUCCUCACUUUCUUCUUCAUUAGGAGGAGGCAACUUGUUCAACGGCAGCGACGCGCAUCCACCAACACACUCAAACUCAUCAUGGAUUCUUUUCCACUGCCUCCAAACGUGCUGCCGCCAGAGCAGCAGCAGCGAUAUGUCUUCCCUUGCCCUCGUCAAGAUGGCCCUAAUAAAAAUUGGCUUGAUGAGAACAGCAAUUUUCAAACGGAGGAAAUUGACCUGUCUCUUACACACAAGGUCCCCUGGUUUGCAGAACUUUGCCAGCGUUUCGGACUCGCACAUACAGGCAACAAAACGAUGCUUCAUGAGCGGCUUGUGAAGUUCAGCCAAGCUGGGAUGGAAAAGUGGAAGGCAAAUAUUCUCACUCCGAUGCGUAUUCCUCACAAGGGAGUGAGAGUGGUGAGGGAUGGUGCUAUUACAAAGAGGAAGCUGACACGUCGAGCAACCCGCAUUCAUGAGGUGAGCAUACCGGUGAGCAACCCUCAAAGGGUACUCCUCCCUAUGUCAAGAUUCAAGGAUACUCGUAGCCAGGCCAAGAUAGACAGCUUCAUACCUUGGGCUGAAGUUCUUAUGGUCAAGAUAGCGAAAGAAGAAGAACAUGCACAGAAUCUCUGCAAUACCCAUCUUCCAGAACCUGGGGUCAACAGUGUCCACAAUCAUAGCACGCAAAAGCCUGGUAUGAAUCCUUUUGCAAGCCCUGACUUUGUCCAUUCAACUGAAGUCUUCUCUGGUAUUGUGGACCGACCAGACUCACCGAUCCUACCACCCUUUGAGCCCAUGCAGAUGACUUCACCAUCCAUGCUGCUCUCUCCACCUGCUCUGCCAACAUCUGAACUCGAUGGGAAUGCUCCAGUAUCAUCUGAUGAUACUGCCAUCAACCCAAUUCAGUGCUCGUUGGUCUUUGCUGAUGGCCAGACCAUAACUGUUCAUCAGGGUGAUGUUCCGCUGACUAAACCAUUCUGCUAUGCAUCAAAUCUUGAAAGUCUCAUUCGGUGCUGGGAUGAUCGUAAUCCAGACUGGGCCCCAUCCGUUGAUUAUCCAAUCAUCCAUGGUCGCCUGGUUCCAAUAAAGUACUGGAAAGACAUCUACAAACUCAAUAAAAAAACAGGGAACGAAUGGGAAAAACUCAAGAGCAAUUGGCUAGAUUGGAAACAUUUUAUUGAAGCAUAUCAGGCAUUUGAGACACCUGAAGCCUUCUGGGCCGAGUUUUCCGACUCUCAAGGACAGAGGCUGAAAUUCUCUCGAAUCAAAAAAAUUCUUUUAGAGCGAUGAACAGCCGCAAAUCUCGAAUUAGCAAAACAAGUGACAGCUGAGUAUGGUGAUGACUUCAUCAAUCACUUUGGUUAUAAAAGGGGUAGGAAAUUGGUUGCCAUGAAGGAUGGUCCAACAAUUGCCUGACUAUAGGAAGAAGAUGGGAAUUAGUUGCAAUGAGGAUGUUUAGUUCACAGUUCAUGUCGUAGUUUUGGAAUGCUACAAUGUUUUUCUUAUUUACUUUGUG